AUGUCGUCAGGGCUUAAGGCUGAGCUGGAGUUCCUAGCAUCCAUCUUUCACAAGGACCACAAGCAGCUGCGCAUCGUGAGCUGGAAGCUGGAUGAGCUGACAUGUGAGUUCCUGGAGCCCUCGAUGCCGACACCACUCACCCUGUACUGCAACAUCGCCGAGUCCUACCCAUCUUCGCCACCGAUAUGGUUCGUGCAGUCUGAGGAUCCAAAACUCGCAUUGAUCGCGGAACGCCUGGAACAUUUAAUGUCUAAGAACAUUUCGCUUAGUCAGCAGCUCAAGUGGCUGAUCCACGAACUCUGCAGCAUACAUAACCUGCCUGAGCACCUGGAUGUGGAGAUGCUAGACCAGCCGGUCCCCAUCGCUCAGAAGACGACCAACGAAGAGGUGCCUUCAGAAGAUGAAGAUGCAGCUGUCGGUCUGGAAGAUUUGGAUCAUUAUGAGCUGACAGAAGAAGAGACUAGUGGUGAGAAAACGUCAGAGGACAAAGAGCUUGAGAAAGAGCAUUUUACAAUAUUAGAGAAUAUCAGGAAGAGCCAAUGGCAAGAACAUUUGAGAGGUACCGUGUCUGGCUCAGUACAUGCUUCAAAUAGACUUAUGAAAGAACUCCGAGAGAUAUACAGAUCACAGAGUUACAAAUCGGGGACUUAUUCCGUGGAACUGAUAAAUGACAGCUUAUAUAACUGGCACGUUAAACUGAGGAAGGUUGACCCUGAUAGUCCCUUGUACAGUGACCUUCAGCUCUUGAAUGAAAAAGAAGGCAUAGACUAUAUUUUGCUUAACUUCUCUUUCAAAGAUAACUUUCCGUUUGAUCCUCCAUUUGUUCGCAUCGAGUGUCCCAUUAUUUCCCAAGGGCAUGUCUUGGAUGGAGGGACAUUGUGUAUGGAACUGCUCACCAAGCAGGGCUGGAGCAGCGCCUACUCCAUAGAAUCGGUCAUCAUGCAGAUCAAUGCCACCUUAGUCAAAGGGGAGGCCAGGGUAUCCUUUGGAGCAGAUAAGAAUGAAUAUGAUCUAGAAACAGCCCUAAAGUCCUAUAACUACUUUGUGCAGGUGCAUGAGGAAAAAGGCUGGUUCACUCCUCCCAAGGAAGAUGGGUAA